CACUUCAAAAAAACAUGGAUCCUUCAGUAGAAGAAAGUAAGAGAGAGGUCUCUCUAACUUUGUUCUCCCAAACACUUCAAACACCUAUGGCUUCAUCGACCACUGAGGCUUCCAUAGACCAAGUUUUCCCCGGGCAUAAUCCAGGGAAAAGCCAGAUGGCCGAAAGGACUCAUUGGGUUCUUAAUGCCCCAGUACCGCCCGGUCCCUGGCGUGAGCUUGUGGAUUCCAUUGGAAAAACUGGGAAAAAGUUUCAAGUUCUCAGGGAGCAGCCUAUGUCCAAAAAUGUGGCAUCAAUCUUAAAAGCCAUAUUUCCAAUUCUUGUUUGGGGCAAAGACUACAAAAUAACAAAAUUUAAGAAGGAUUUAUUGGCUGGUUUAACUCUUGCAAGCCUCUGCAUCCCUCAGAGUAUUGGAUAUGCAACUCUUGCUAAGCUUGAUCCGCAGUAUGGCCUCUACACAAGUGUUGUUCCGCCGCUUAUUUACGCGUUAAUGGGGAGUUCAAGAGAGAUAGCAAUCGGUCCAGUGGCCGUGGUUUCGCUGCUCUUGUCGUCGAUGAUCCAGAAAUUGGAAGAUCCUGUGGCUAAUCCAAUUGCUUAUAGAAGGAUUGUGUUUACUGUGACUUUUUUCGCGGGUAUUUUUCAGGCGGCCUUUGGAUUGUUGAGGUUGGGUUUUCUUGUUGAUUUUCUCUCUCAUGCUGCCAUAGUCGGGUUCAUGGCGGGUGCAGCCAUUGUUAUUGGUCUUCAGCAGCUGAAGGGAUUACUGGGGAUUACUCACUUCACUAAUAAAACUGAUAUAAUCUCUGUGUUAAAAGCUGUUUGGAGAUCAAUUCCCCAUCCUUGGAACUAUCAUAACUUCAUCCUUGGGUGUUCAUUUCUGAGUUUCAUCCUAAUUAUGAGAUUUCUGGGCAGAAGGAACAAGAAACUCUUCUGGUUAUCAGCCAUUGCACCUCUAAUAUCUAUCGUUUUAUCGACUCUCAUCGUCUUCCUGACAAGAGCUGAUCAACAUGGAGUCAAGAUCUUAAAGCAUAUCAAAGGAGGAUUGAAUCCAAGCUCGGUUCAUCAGUUACAGUUUGACAGCCCACAUGCCACAGAAGUGGUUAAAAGCGGAAUAGUUGUCGCAGUCGUCGCCCUCACGGAAGCCAUUGCAGUCGGUCGAUCUUUUGCAUCCAUUAAAGGGUACCAUCUUAAUGGUAACCAAGAAAUGGUAGCCAUGGGCUUCAUGAACAUUGCAGGAUCUUUAACUUCUUCCUAUGUUGCAACAGGUUCAUUCUCAAGAACUGCUGUGAAUUUCAGUGCUGGGUGUGAGACAGUGGUGUCAAACCUUGUGAUGGUCAUUACAGUGAUCAUAUCAUUGGAACUACUCACAAGGCUUCUAUACUACACACCUACUGCCAUUCUUGCUUCAAUUAUUUUAUCUGCUCUGCCUGGACUCAUUGAUCUCAAUGAAGCUUACAAUAUAUGGAGGGUUGAUAAGUUGGACUUCCUAGCUUGCAUUGGUGCUUUUCUUGGGGUGCUGUUUGCUUCUGUGGAGAUCGGUUUGAUUGUUGCGGUUUCAAUAUCAUUUGCAAAGAUUAUACUGAGUUCAAUUCAGUCAGGCAUGGAAACUCUGGGAAGGCUUCCUGGAACUGAUAUGUUCUGCGAUGUCAAACAAUAUCCUAUGGCUCUUAAGACUCCUGGAGUUCUUAUAACCCGUGUUAAGUCUUCUUUGCUUUGUUUUGCCAAUGCCAAUGUUGUUAGAGAAAGGAUAUUGAAGUGGGUAACUGAUGAACAAGAGGUGGAUGCUAAAGGAAAUGUUGAAGGGAGAAUUCAACUAGUGGUUAUUGACAUGUCAAACUUGAUGAACAUUGACACCUCUGGAAUGGCUUCUUUAGAGGAACUUCAUGCCAAACUGGCCUCACUUGGAAUUGAGUUAGCCAUAGCCAACCCUAAGUGGCAGGUUAUUGAGAAGAUAAGGCUAUGCAACUUGGUGGACAAAGUUGGAGGGAGGGUCUUCUUGACAGUUGGAGAAGCCAUGGAUACAUGCCUACCUACUGGGAUGGCCUAAUGUUUGCUACUCUUUCUGCAAACUUGCCUGCUUUCUUUGUGUGAUUGGGUCCCAAACUACUUGUGUAUGUAUAACUUGAAGGCAAAAUAAAGGAAGAGUAAUGAUUUGGAAUGUUGUCCUUCCAAGGAUGACCUGCAAGAUGGAAAAAGAUCUUUGAGUGUCAAAGAGAUGUAAUGUACAACUAUAUGUAUCUUGUAAUAUAUGUGUGUGUUGUCUAAGUUUCCAUCAUCGUGUAUCAAAGAUCUGUAAUGUCCAACUAUGUCUUGUUACUAUUGUA